GAGUCCUGUACGUCGAGCAGUUACGAGGCUGAAGUUACGGUCGAACUCUCCGCUCCACCUUAAGCGGCGCGGCUGUUGCACUAUGGUGCCUCUAAUGUAGCGCAACUGCCGGAAUAGAACUGCUGCAGCGUUUAAGGUGGAACCGACAAUUCGAACUUCGGCUUCUUUGACAAGUUCGCAGUUGGUGAAGAAGUUCUUUAAAAAAUAAGCCUUAAAACGGGCGGAUGAUCUCAGUCAUAGCUGCUCAGCAGAGUGAAGAGUAGCCCUUUUGCCUGGUGACAGCAGAGCUCCCUGGAGGUGUUACUCCAACCAUCAUUGCUCCUCAUGUGCAAUGCCAGCGAGUGACACCUGGCCAUGCAAUGUUGCCAUUGAACCUUUGGUCAGCAUGAACAGUGCAGGUAGCAGUGACAGUAUGGUCAGCACCAACUCUGGCUUUAGUGAUGACAGUAUGGAGCAUCUCUCAGCUGAGGAACGUGCAUGCCUCAUGUUCCUGGAGGAGACAAUUGAAUCUCUGGAGGCAGAAGAUGACAGUGGGAUUUCCAAUGAUGAGUAUGAUCGAUUGAAUCGCAGUCCCCUAACCAAGGUGGCCCACCCUAGCCCUGUUAGCCAAACCAAACAAGAGGUGGUACCAUUCCAUGAUGAUUCCAACAAAGUUUUGGGAAAAGACUAUAAAUCAAAUAGACUGCUUGUGCCAACUCCGCUAAUUCUAGCAAAUGGCAGCGCUAGAAUUCUGAAAAAAACAGCUGAGGUCGGUACACCUGAACAAAAAGCAGUUCCAUUAGUUAACAAGCCUAAUGACUCUCCAUUGAACUCUCACAAUCCACCAGCUAUGCUAGCUGCUGAUGAUGAUCCUGCUCAUUCCUCUCUGAACCCCAAACCAACUGCUGACCAGUCAAAGGAGCUGGCUGACUUGCCACCUGCUUUCAUACCUGAGCCUCCUGUUAUGGCCGACUCUUCCAACAACUCUAAAACUAAAGAUGGCCCUGCUAAGACCAAGCUAUCUCCCACACCAAACCAGAAGCACCAGAGUGGUACAUCUGAGAUGGUAAUAGAGCUGAUUCCUCCUCCAACAGACUUUAUGGAUGAGCCAAAACUCCCUCCUCCACCUCAAACACAGUCACCAGAACAGAGUGAAUCCCAACCCAAAAUACAAGCUCAAGCUCAACAGAAAGCACAACCUCAGGCCCAGGUUGAACUACAAGCUCAAACCCAAGCUCAACCCAAAGCACAACCUCAAGCCCAAACCCAACCCAACAUACAACCUCAAGCCGAGGUCCAACUACAACCUCAGACACAAGCCCAAGCCCAACCCAAAGCACAACCUCAAGCCCAAACCCAACCCAACACACAACCUCAAGCCGAGGUCCAACUACAACCUCAGACACAAGCCCAACCCAAAGCACAACCUCAAGCCCAAACCCAACCCAACACACAACCUCAAGCCGAGGUCCAACUACAACCUCAGACACAAGCCCAACCCAAAGCACAACCUCAAGCCCAAACCCAACCCAACACACAACCUCAAGCCGAGGUCCAACUACAACCUCAGACACAAGCCCAAGCCCAACCCAAAGCACAGCCUCAAGCCCAGGCUCAACUACAACCUCAGACACAAGUCCAAACCCAUCCCAAAGCACAACCUCAGACACAAGCCCAAUCCAAAGCACAACCUCAAACACAGGCCCAACUACAAACCCAAGCCAUGACACAAUCUCAGCCUCAACCACAAGACCAACACAAAAAACAAACCCAACCACAACCUCUGCCACCUCCAGAAAGCAUAACAAUUGCCCCUCCACCAGGUUUUGAUGGGCAGGCUGAGGAUGACAAACCUCAAAGCGCGGUGACUCCACCUUCCAGAGGAUCACUGUCCCCUAGUGAACUGGACAAGUUACGUAAAAAGGCCUCAGUGAAGAAAGCCCCUGGAGUAGCACCAGAUGUUUCAGCACAACCACCAUACCAGAGAAUUUCAGACCAGGCCAGUUUUCCUGUUUCAUGUACGGAUGGCCGUCCUAUCACUGCAGUAGAACACAGCGAACCUAAAAGCCCACCAGCUGUGGCCCCCAAACCCAAGAAACUUCCUUCCAACAUCACUCUUAAAAGCCACAAAGAUUCUGGGCCUGGUCAUUCUCUUGUUACGCCGGGCGAGCGUAUUAUGGCAAACCCACAGAAGGUGCACAUUGAGGCCUUGAAGAAACUGGGCUUGUUGAAGGCUGGUGAGAUUGACUCCAGCCCCAGCCUCAGUUCUAGUCCACCACACAGAAUCACUCCACCUCAUCCUUUUAAUACAAGCACUUCAGCAGUACUACCUAUUGGGGAUACAGCCCAAGUUCAGUCAACAACUGCAGAGCAGCAUUCAGCAGGGGACAUGCAGAUAAAAGCAAAUCUGUCUUCCCUUGCAAGUCCAAACCUUGUCAAAGGAGGAAGAGAAAGUCCAGUGAUCCAGAGGGGCCAGAGUCCAAAGCCCUUUGAGAUCAAAUCAGCAUCCUUGGAGCGACCAGGUGUGGGCCUAAAAAGUGUUACAGAUGACCAUUCCUCCCACUCAACAGGCCAAGAGAAGACUAACGUGGAAUUGUCCCCUGGACAGUUACGAAAGAGCCGACCUCGACCUGCUUCUGCAGGAAGUCGCAAGGACUUUGGUAUUGACCAGCUGCCUUCUGAUCCAAGCAGAGAACCAGAUGUCAGGAGGUCUCUUGGAUCUUCCCCUAUACCUUCAUCAACUCCGCCAAGCACAGACUCGCAGAAGACUCCCCGUUCCCAUGGUAUGAUUAGUGUGGUGUUCACACCAAACAGCAAGAAUGGGGAAGAGCGCAAGCAGGCCCUGAGGAAACUGGGGCUGAUAAGAGACUGAGGUUUAGUCUGUUUUCCAAAGAGACUACUGCCCCAUAGGAGAGAGGCUGCUCAGUGUAAACAGUGGACAUUGUACUUUGAUGUGGCUCGGCUGGAACAUGGGAAAACAUUGUUGAGGAUCAGCACUCUUAAUCUGAGAUGAAGGUACAUAUGGGUCACUGUUUUCGUAACUACACUGGACAUGUAGAGCAGGUGUCAUAACAGGACAGUAGCCAGAGGUACACAGGUGUACAAUAAAGACCUAAGGGCCUUUUGGUAGAACUUUCUGUGUUAGUGACGGAUUAUCUUUGGUGGAUAAGGGAAAUGUUCAGAAUCAAGAAGAGUUCAGACUGAGAUUUGCUGUCCAACAAAAUUGUGGAUUACUGGGAUUACUGUGCUAAACUCUUUUAAAUGUUCUGUAAAAAAUUAUGGACAAACAUUCAGACAGACAGGCACAUGCUUUCUCUGCUUCCUUCAUACAGGUGCCACUUGUAAAUAGCACUGUACGAAAAAUAGAAAUAUGCUAAGACAUAAAAGUGUUCGCAAAUGGCACUUAUGGUUAUAUAUCCAUGGAAUAAUCUUGGGUUAUUGAGUUGGCCAAAAUUUGGAUGCACUGCUCCGAAGACCGAAAAAAGCUAUUGAUAGAUAAAAACAAGUUAUGUGAAUUACUAAAAUUAUUACAGUACAUAAGAAGGUGUAUGUGCCACAAAGACCAGCGUCCUCAACAGCAGAGAACAGUUGGUCGUCCACUCUUUGUCAUUUCAAAAACUGGCUACAGUGUCAGCAUGUUAGCAGAGAAUAUCCUUUCUGCUUUUGUUUUCUGCAUAUUGAGCAGGAUGUCGUGUUUUCAAGUGGUACCAAAAUGUAAUGCAGGAGUUUGUGAGUGUUGUACUUCCUCUAGAUUUGUGGCAUGAGCAGUGAUUAUAAAUCUCUAAUGUCCCUCAUAGAAACUCUAAAUAGUUUGACUAUUUCCACUGUUUUGCUGCUGCUGCUCAGAUUGUUUGAACACGCCUAUGCUGACCGGCACAUGAGAGCUAAAGGAACAGUGUUUUCACUGUUUUUCAUUUCCAUAACCAUUACAAUUAAUGGUAAACUCUUAGACUGUGAGACUUCAUUGUAGGCCUUUUUUGUUUGUUGCCCGAAAAUCAAAAGUGCCUUUGUGACCAUAUUCAGCCAAACAAUGUCAAUGCAUCCUCAGAUGGAAUCAAUUUUGAUGGACAUUAAAUUUUGAUCUGGAUGAUUUUA